UGAGAGGCGUUCAUUAUUUUUGCGUUUUAUUACAAUAAAUACAGUGAUAAUUCUUCAAAAUGUUGGCUUUAAUCAAUCGGAUCCUCGAUUGGAUUAAAAGCUUGUUUUGGAAGGAAGAAAUGGAACUCACUUUAGUCGGAUUGCAGUACUCUGGAAAAACAACUUUUGUUAACGUCAUUGCCUCCGGUCAAUUUAGCGAAGACAUGAUACCUACAGUUGGCUUCAACAUGAGGAAAAUCACAAAAGGAAAUGUCACGAUUAAGGUGUGGGAUAUUGGUGGCCAGCCAAGGUUCCGUUCUAUGUGGGAGAGGUACUGCCGAGGUGUUAAUGCUAUUGUGUACAUGGUGGACGCGGCGGACCAGGACAAGAUCGAGGCGUCGCGCAACGAGCUGCACAGCCUGCUGGAGAAGCAGCAGCUGACCGGCAUCCCGGUGCUGGUGCUGGGCAACAAGCGCGACCUGCCGCACGCGCUCGACGAGCACGGCCUCAUCGAGCGCAUGAACCUAUCAGCGAUCCAGGACCGCGAGAUCUGCUGUUACUCCAUCUCGUGCAAGGAGAAGGACAACAUCGACAUCACGCUGCAGUGGCUCAUCCAGCACAGUAAGUCGGGCUCCGCGCGCUAAGUCACGCCACCGAGCGCCUGGUACAUGCGUCGAUGAUAUCAUUGGGGCGCUUUCACAUUUAGGCGGUUUUAGCAGCGCGACAAAGUGCUGAUAGUAAGGGCUAUCGUUUUUAUACAACAGUGUAGAUGCGAGUUUGAAUUGAACGUCGUCGCUACAUUGUAUCAUUGGGGCGCUUUCACAUUUAGGCGGUUUUAGCAGCGCGACAAAGUGCUGAUAGUAAGGGCUAUCGUUUUUAUACUUAACAGUGUGGAUGCGAUUUUGCAUCGAACGUCUCGCUAGCAAGUGCGUCAAAAAAAUCUAUGAAGACGCUAGCGUGUGCGUCAAAAAGUCUAUGAAGAUUUUAGUUUUAUAGGAUACAAUCUGUCAUACAUUUCAUGUAUACAGG